AUGUCGGGAGAAGGAGAGCCCAGCCACAAUGCGCUUGCACAAAUUCUGCAAGACAUACAAGAACGAUUGGCACGACUAGAGGAGUUACCAAGGAGACCAGAACCUAUUCGGGUCAACUUUCCUAGGCGUGAAGAACCUGUACGAGACCGAGAACGCACACCCCCUGAUCCUCCUCAACGACGAAGAGACCACAGGAACAACGUCCCAAUUGAAGAUGAUGAAGAGGACGAUGAUUUAUGUCGAGAUCAGCCUCGUCGUGCAAGACAUAACGGUAAAGAUAUCAAACUCCAAUUACCUACAUUUGCUGGUCGUGUUAACCCUGAUGCUUUUCUCGAUUGGGAGAGGCGGAUGGAUAAUAUCUUUGAAUGUUAUGAGUAUUCGGAGUACAAGAAAGUGCAAUAUGCUGCUGCACAACUCACCGAUAAUGCCCUAGCAUGGUGGGAUCGCGAAGUCGCAGAAAGGAGAAGAGCACAUUAUGAACCCAUCUCUACUUGGCGUGAAAUGAAACUCAUGAUGAGGAGAAGGUAUGUUCCACCUCAUUUUCAUAGAGAGUUGCAGAAGAAAUACCGUUCUUUAGUGCAGGGGACAAAAUCGGUUGAAGACUACUUCGAGGAAUUUGAAUAUCUUCGAAACCGGUUGGAAUUGGACGAAAACGAAGAAACGGUGAUGGCACAAUUCGUUGACGGACUGCAAGAACGAAUUUCUCGCAAGGUCGAAAGGUUAGUGUAUCAUGAUCUGCAGGAACUAUUACAUUUUGCUAUACAAAUUGAACAGCAAAUCAUCAAGAAACAAAACCGAGUACACCGCUCCCGUAUGGCUGCACCAACUCCAUCAACAUACCGAAAUGAGGGCCAAGGAGUAACAACCACUGUGAGCAGGCCAAGUAUACAUGAAACUCAAGUUCGGGACAAAGGGAAGGCUGUAGCUACGUCCAAGGAUGAUGCAAAGGUAAGUAGAUCCCACUCUACUAAUCUUAGAACUCGAGAGAUUGUUUGUUACAAAUGCAGGGGACGCGGACACUACGCCAUGGACUGCCCAAACAAUCGGGUCAUGAUUCUCACAGAUGCGGGAGAGUAUGAGUCAAUGGACGAAGAAGAAGCUGAAAUUACAGAUGAGGAGAUCGAAUACCCGGAUACUGGUGAGCUAUUGGUUACGAGGCGAGUCUUGAGUACCAUGGCUACUUCUGAAGAGACGGAACAACGAGAGACCAUCUUCCACAGCCGAUGCACCAUAAGAAACAAGGUAUGCGGUUUGAUAAUUGAUAGUGGCUCUUGUACUAACGUUGCAAGUGCAUACAUGGUGAAGAAGUUAGGACUCGAAACGGAGAAGCAUCCUCACCCUUACAAGCUACAGUGGCUUAACAAUCAAGGAGAAAUCAAGGUGAAUGAUCGGGUCAAAAUUCCUUUCAGCAUCGCCCCUCUAAGUCCUUAUCAAGUGCAUGAGAUGCAAAUGAAAUUGUCAAAGGAAGGCGAGGACAUCAAAAGAACAAACUUUUAUGCCAAACCAAGUGUGGUAAGCAAGGCUUUAGUUGAUGCAAGAACUGUACUACUAAUGGUAUUUAAGGAUGUUGUGAGUACAGGUUUUGAUGCACAAGAACUACCGCCGGAGAUUACACGAAUCUUGGAACGAUUCCAAGAUAUCUUUCCGGAAGAGACACCUGCGGGGUUACCGCCUAUGCGGGGAAUUGAGCAUCAAAUCGACUUAGUUCCAGGAGCACCCCUUCCUAAUCGACCCGCAUAUAGGAUGAAUCCCGAGGAAACAAAGGAACUACAGAAACAAGUACACGAACUCUUAGCUAAAGGUUAUAUACGUGAGAGUUUGAGUCCUUGUGCAGUUCCGGUCUUGAUCGUCCCAAAGAAGGAUGGAACAUGGAGGAUGUGCAUAGAUUGCCGAGCUAUCAACAACAUCACUGUCAAAUACCGGCAUCCUAUACCACGCCUCGAUGACAUGUUGGACGAGCUUAGUGGAGCCACCAUCUUCUCAAAGGUGGAUUUGAAGAGCUGUUAUCACCAAGUGCGCAUGAAAGAUGGAGAUGAAUGGAAGACCGCUUUCAAGACGAAACAAGGGCUGUACGAAUGGCUUGUGAUGCCCUUUGGCCUUACCAACGCCCCAAGCACGUUCAUGAGGCUCAUGAACCAUGUCCUACGAGCUUUUAUCGGUAAAUUCGUUGUGGUUUAUUUCGAUGACAUCUUAAUUUAUAGCAAAUAUUUUACCGAUCAUGUGACACAUCUUGAGCUAGUCAUGGAGACUCUCCGACGAGAGAAACUUUAUGCCAACCUCAAGAAGUGCACCUUCUGCACUAAUGAAGUUGUUUUUCUAGGAUUUGUUGUGAGUUCGCAGGGAUUACGUGUGGAUGAAGAAAAGAUAAAGGCAAUACGAGAAUGGCCAACUCCUACAACCGUCGCCCAUGUUAGGAGCUUCCACGGAUUGGCUAGCUUCUACCGACGAUUUGUUCGUGAUUUUAGCAGCCUUGCAGCCCCUCUCACGUCCAUUAUAAAGAAAGACAGACCAUUCGAGUGGGGAGAUGCACAAGAGAAAGCAUUCAACGUGCUUAAGGAACAACUCACAAGCGCACCCGUCUUAGUCCUUCCCGACUUUGACAAGGUAUUUGAAAUUGAAUGUGAUGCAUCCGGUGUGGGUAUUGGAGCUGUUUUGAUGCAGGAAAAACGACCCGUGGCGUUCUUUAGCGAGAAGCUAAAUGGAGCAACACUCAACUAUCCAACUUAUGACAAGGAGCUUUAUUCCUUGGUGCGUGCACUGCAAACGUGGCAACAUUACCUCUUGGCAAAGGAGUUCAUCAUACAUACAGACCAUGAAACGCUCAAGCACCUCAAGGGACAGACGACACUCAAGAAGCGACAUGCGAGAUGGAUGGAGUAUAUUGAGACCUUCCCGUACGUAAUUAAGUACAAGAAGGGCAAAGACAAUGUCGUUGCUGAUGCCUUGUCAAGGAGGCAUGCACUCAUCUCAACCAUGGAGGCUAGGAUGCUCGGAUUCGAGCACAUCAAAGGGCUGUACCGGGAAGAUCCUGAACUUGGAGACAUAUAUGAAGAUUGCGAAAAAGGAGCACACGGAGCCUUUUACAAGGAGGGAGAUUACUUAUUUAGGGAACGACGGCAUUAUGCAAGGGACUGCCUAAACAACCGUGUCAUGAUCCUUAUGGAUAUGGGCGAUGAUGAGGUCAUCGACCUAACCAUGGACACGGAUGAGCACAAUGGAUCGGAUGAGAGCAAGGAGUGCAUGGAGGAGGAGCCGAGCUCGGAAGAAGAAACCAACAACACCGAGGCCAACUUUCCACCUAUGCCGGAACCACCCCUCACACGGUCUAAGGCACGAGCAUGGCAGGCCAAAGUGAGGACUCUCAUGGCACAAUGGAUUGAGCAAACAACCUACAAGAUGGAUGGAACAAGCAAGAAGACAUGGUUACUUCUCGGCCUUGCCUUGGCCGAGAAUGGAAGCUAA